GCCCGAGCUAGGUUGCGGAAGCGAAAGCGGCGCACCAACUUCACCACGAUAUCCCGCCAUUCAAGCGACUCCUUCCUAGCCACUAGUCGGUGAAGCUGCGGCCGUGCUUGAUUGAUAUCCUAAAUUUGAGGUUAUCGACAACCAGCAAGCGCCCGGUGCCACAGACCGCCCCCCGGUAUCCGUUACUUUUCCAGGUUCGUCAGUCUCGCAGGUCACCAGCCACAUCUCCGUCUCCGUCUCUCGCCUCUUCGAAUUUAUUCAGAUCCUCGAUUAACCGUGGUCCGGAGAUCAACUGCCCGAGACUGCGCCGACGUCAUCCCUCACAAUGGACUACGACGCUUUGAAGGAGCAGUGGGGUGAGGUCGAGGAUCGUGAUGGAGUUCGCCUGAGCUGGAACGUUUUCCCAAGCACUCGCAUGGAAGCCUCGAGAUUGGUCGUUCCCAUUGGCGCCCUCUACACCCCUCUAAAGGAGAAGCCCGACACUCCCCUGCUGCAGUUCGAGCCCGUCACCUGCAAGCAGCCAUGCCGCUCGGUCCUGAACCCCUUUUGCCAGGUCGAUGUGCGCGCCCGCCUUUGGAUCUGCCCCUUCUGUCUCUCGAGGAACCCUCUUCCGCCGCACUAUAAGGAUAUCACGGCCAAUGCUAUCCCUCCCGAGCUGCACCCCUCCAACACCACCAUCGAGUACAGGCUGUCGCGACCGGCCCCGAGCCCGCCCAUCUUCCUCUAUGUCGUGGAUACGUGUCAGGAGGAGGACAGCUUGGCUGCCCUGAAGGAGUCCCUGAUUAUGAGCCUCAGUCUCCUGCCGGAGCACGCCCUGGUCGGGCUGAUUACCUACGGGACGAUGGCACAGGUGCACGAGAUUGGCUACACCGAGUGUGCCAAGUCGUACGUCUUCCGGGGCAGCAAGGAAUACGCUGCCAAACAGGUUCAGGAGAUGCUGGGCCUGAUACAGCCUGCGAUGCGCCCGGGUAUGCCCGCGCAUCAGCCAGGCAGGCCCUUGCCGAUGGGACCCGCCUCUCGGUUCCUGCUCCCGGUGGCCCAGGCCGAGUUCCAGCUCACCAAGGCACUGGAGCAGCUGCAGAAGGACCCCUGGCCCAUCUCCAGCGACCGCAGAAACCUCCGCUGCACCGGUGUUGCUCUUUCCGUCGCCGUUGGCCUGCUCGAGACGUCGUUCCAGAACGCCGGUGGCCGUAUCAUGCUCUUCGCCGGCGGUCCCGCCACCGAAGGGCCCGGUAUGGUCGUCGGCCCCGAGCUGAGGGAGCCCAUCCGAUCGCAUCACGACAUUGACCGUGAUAACGUCAAGUAUUACAAGAAGGCGCUCAAGUUUUACGAUAAUCUCGCCAAGAGAACCGCUCACAACGGCCACACGAUCGACAUCUUCGCCGGCUGUCUCGACCAGGUCGGUCUUCUGGAGAUGAAGGGUCUCUGCAACUCGACCGGAGGGCACAUGAUCUUGACGGACAGCUUCACCUCGUCCAUGUUCAAGCAAUCGUUUAUCCGUGUUUUCGAAAAGGACGGCGAUGACAAUCUGUUGAUGGGCUUCAACGCUGUUCUCGAGGUUCUCACCACCAAAGAGCUGAAGGUUACCGGCCUCAUCGGCCAUGCGGUGUCUCUUAACAAGAAGUCAACCUCGGUGGGCGAGACCGAGUGCGGUAUCGGCAACACCUGCUCGUGGAAGAUGUGCGGAAUCGACCCCAAGGCUAGCUACGGUGUCUACUUUGAAAUUGCCCAGGGCGGCCCGUCACAGCACCAGCAGAGCCAGAAGGGUAUGAUACAAUUCCUGACAUACUAUCAACACUCGUCCGGCCAGUUCCAUCUCCGCGUCACCACCAUCGCGCGGAAUCUCAGUGGGCCGGCUGGCGACCCAGCGAUCGCCCAGUCAUUCGACCAAGAAGCAGCCGCCGUUCUCAUGUCCAGGAUCGCCGUCUUCAAGGCCGAGGUUGACGACGGGCCGGAUGUUCUUCGCUGGGUGGAUAGGAUGCUCAUCAGGCUCUGCUCGAGGUUUGCGGAUUACCGCAAGGACGACCCGUCGUCCUUCCGCCUGGAGAAGAACUUCACCUUAUACCCGCAGUUCAUGUUCCACUUGCGGAGGAGUCAGUUCUUGCAAGUUUUCAACAACUCGCCCGACGAAACAGCCUUCUACAGGCACGUGCUCGACCAUGAGGAUGUCAGCAACUCCCUCGUCAUGAUUCAGCCCACGCUCGACUCCUACACAUUCGACCAAGAGGGCGGGCAGCCGGUGCUCUUGGACUCCUCUUCUAUCCAGCCGACCCACAUCCUCCUCCUCGACACCUUUUUCCACAUCCUCAUCUUCCACGGCGAGACCGUUGCCGAGUGGAGGAAGGCGGGCUACCAGGAACAAGAGGGCUACGAGAACUUUGCCGCUCUCCUAGAGCAGCCAAAGGAGGACGCCAGGGAUCUCAUCACUGACCGCUUCCCCCUCCCCCGUUUCAUCGUCUGCGACCACGGCGGCUCGCAGGCACGCUUCCUGCUCUCCAAGCUCAACCCGUCCACGACACAUACCUCGGGUGCCGGAGCCUACGGCGGCGUCGGGGCACAGAGCGCGCAGACCAUUUUCACAGACGAUGUGUCCCUGCAAACAUUUAUGGAGCAUCUCAUGAAAUUGGCCGUUAGUGGCACGAACUAGACGCCCUAGGUUUGAAUGCGACGGGGUGUGGGAACAGUUAGGGUUCAAGAAGGAGGGAAAAGAGGGGAGGGGGUGAUGGUGAUGGUGGCCGAGGGCAUGUUUAGAGGAGAAGACUCUGUGUGACUGUCUAGCGUCAGUGUUAUAUGUCAACCGAUAUUACCAAAGAAUAAGCGGCUUCCCCCAAAUCUCAUCGCUUUGCUGUUAGUGAAUGGAGUUUCGAGCAUUCAUAGGGUGCAUGAGAGAGCGCCAACAUUUGGCGGGUAAGGAGCCAAGCACCCAAGGUCGAGCAACCGUGUGGCUUGAAG